UCCGAUCCCUGCAAAAAAAUUGUUGGGUCAUGUUGUAAUUAGAAGAAUCGCGAAUUCCCGGCGUGAAAACUCAAGACAGAGGUUAGCAUCUUUGUCGCGUGUGACCAAAGGAAAAGCGAACGGAAAGGUACGGAUAAUGCAUCACGCACUUGAAAUGUUGUUUGUUCUAUUGGUGCUCUCAUUGGCCAGGAUUCAGUCACGCCCUUUGGAUGAACUUAACAAAGACAUCCAGCCUACCACUACAACGUGUUUACCUCCAAAUUGCCUGUAUGAAUCCAAAUGCUAUGCACACGAAGAAGAGAUAACUCAUUUAUCAGAUGGGGAAGGAUGGUGUUACGGACUGUUAUGUAAUGGUGGUCAUGCUCUUGCAUGGGAUGACUUUGAUUGUGGUCCAGUUACAACUAUACCUCCAACAACAAUCACACCCACCCCUCCAAUGACAACCCCACCCAGCCUCCCUCCAAGCUUCACCACUACACCAUUUGGAUGCAACCACGGAGGUUCUUUGUAUCCUCCCGGAAGCAAAAUCAGUGAAGGUUCAGAUGGAAAUGGAUGGUGCUAUGGAUUAUAUUGUGACUACCAUGGAAGCAUUAUUGCUUGGGAUAACUGGGACUGUAACCCUAGUUCCACUAAAAAAACAAGCUCUGCUCCUACUACAACCCCUCCAAGCUCCACCAGAGAAACAAGUUUGCUUCCUUCAAAGACUCACCAAAGAACAACAAAACCUUCAUCUCUUCCUCCCAUUGACACUACACCAUUUGGAUGCAACCAUGAAGGUUCUUUGUAUCCACCUGGCAGCAAAAUCAGUGAAGGUUCGGAUGGAAAUGGAUGGUGUUAUGAAACAUAUUGCAACUAUGAUGGAAAUAUUAUCGCAUCAGAUAACUGGGACUGUAGCCUUAGUGCCACUAAAGAAACAAGCUCUGCUCCAACUACAAUUCCUCCACAACCAACACAAUUAGGUUGCCUCCAAAAUGGUAUCUGGUAUGCCCCAGGCAGUGAGAUCAGCCGAGGAUCAGAUGGCCAAGGUUGGUGUUACGGACUGUAUUGUACAGAUGAUGGUCAACUCCAGAUGUGGGAUGACUUUAAUUGUGCAACAGAGUCUACACCUGCACCCAAACCUCCAGCUCAGUCCAAAGGUUGUUACCAUCAAGGGGAAUGGUACCCACCUGGUGUCUUUGAAGGUACCAAUAACCGUGGAUGUAGGUUUGGAGCGCAUUGUGGGUUAGAUGGCCAAGUGACACAUUGGGAAGAAUUUGAUUGUCAAAUCAAGAGCCCGUGACAAGACCUUCACCUUGAUCUUAUGCUUGGCCAACUAACUCAUAAAUAUUAGAGAGAUAGUCAAAAUGGUCCAUGGGUGUAAUUUUAUACAGUAGCCUAUGGGUAUUACAGUGCACAGUCCACAUUAACUAAUGGUAAACUGAUGUCAUUAAGUCAGAAUGAAUGCUUUCUCUUUUAAGAUAUUCACAAAUGUGUAAUCACUCUGAUAAGUGUUUUCAUGUUUACAAUCAUUAGAAAAUAAAACUGUCCUCUCCAGAUUGUG